AUGGGUCGUGGUGGCUGGAGUAAGGCAGUCGUCGGAACUCCCGGCGAGGCUCGAGUAGCAAUCGGACCUGCAGCGAAAACAGGGGAGACAGCAGGUGGCGGAGCUUGGGGCGUUGCAGCGGCGGACGCAGGCGGUGCGGGGGUCCGGCGAAACGCAGCUGACGCGCAGGCUACUGGUGCGGGCGUCGGGGGUGGAGCGGCGAGGCGUCCGGCGGCUGGGUCGGCGAGGAGGGCUCGUGGGCUGGAGCGGCGUGGCUUCAGCAAGCAUCGGCGAGGCGGCACAGCGAUCGACAAAGGCAACAACAGACGUGGUAGUAUUGCGGUGAGUAGGUGUCGCGUGCGUCGCUUGUGGCCUCAAGCUACCGAACAGCGGGCUGCUGUGGGUGUCGAGCGCUGGUCGUCGUCGGGCACCGGUGGCUGCAACGAGGAGAUGGAGACACUGAUGAGGGUCACGGGUUAUCAGGUGGAGGGCUGCAGAUCCAGCUCGGGUGGUCAAAGGCGCAGCAACAGCGGGGGCACCGCGGGCCGGCUCGGAAUCGACUGGGCUGCGAGUUGCAUAGGCGCGGUCGUCGGGGCUGAGGCGCCGAGUGCAGCGACGGGCAAGCAGAGAGCGAGGCACGGCGCGGGGGGGUGCAGUGUGGAGGUGCGGUGGCCAGCGGGAGGGGGUGCUGGUGCGGCUCGGUGA